UAACUUAACUAAUUAAUCAACUCAUAUAUAGGUACUUAAAGUCGUGCGAGUAAUCAUUUAAAAAAAAUAUAAUUAUACAUAUUUGAUUAGCGAUCACAAACUCAAAUAAGAUCAAUCUCGACCUCAUCAGGCCCUUAUCAGGCCUCUUUGCAAGGCUUCUCAGUAUGUCUCUCAGUUAAAAAUUGUAUGUAAGUUUAUCACGUUGGCUAUCCUAAAAUUUCUAACCUACCAAAGAAAGGGAUUACGGUAAUAUUUAUCUCAUCACGUGCAUUUACGAAUGUGUGUUGUGAAAUUAUAUUAAAUUAAUUAAUUUUUCCAUAGAAUGGUACAUUUUUUACUGAAAGGCCAAUGAAUUGUAAUAUGUCCACAACGUUUGUUCACUCUGUAAAAGUCCCAAGAAUUUACAAAGAGUGUGCGAGCACUGUAAAGAAGGUUCUGGCGGAUGGUGCAAGUUUCAAAACUUUGGUUUUCAAGCAGAAUCAUCCCAAUGUCCAAGGGAUCUACGCAUUGGUGUCAGAGACUUUGCAUCAUUGCAAAGAAUUACAGUCAAUAAUUGAUCAGACUGAAAUUCUCAUUGAAAAUCCUCGCUUUGAUCCAUGGUUGGCGAGGGUUCUGAUAACAGAACUAUUAUGGGGCAAGAAAGUUUUGAAAUCAGAAGCCAAACCCAUAUUGACUGUUCUGAAUUAUAAAGAAAAAUUACAGCAGGCAUUAGUGCAAAAUCCCGAUGCUGCUGUAGAUCCCUGUGACAAGAAAAAAGUGAAAUUACCACGAUAUGUGCGUGUUAAUACUCUACUAACAAGUAUCGAUGAAGCAUUAAGUGCAUUUGCUGAAGAUGGAUGGAGACUUCUACCUCGGUGUUAUAGCUACACCUCCCAUUUAAAGACUAUAUCAAACAUGGGAUAUGAUAAUUUUAUUCAAGAUUUUCACAUACCUGAAGUAUUAAUAUUUCCACCUGGUACUAAAUUUCAUGAUCAUCCUGGGUAUCUAAGUGGGAAAUUGCUGCUACAAGAUAAGGCUAGCUGUCUUCCAGCAUUCUUGUUAAAUCCAAAGCCCAAUUCUGAAGUCAUGGACAUGUGCUCUGCUCCUGGAAUGAAAACAACUCAUCUAGCAGCUGUCAUUAAUAACGAAGGGAAAAUUUAUGCUAUAGAAAUGAAGGAUACAAGAUACAGAACCUUAUGCGACUUUGUCACUAAUGCUAAUGCAAGCUGCGUGGAAACCAUUCAAGCAGAUGCUUUAACGAUAUCUCCAGAAUUCUAUCCAAAUAUAGAGUAUAUUUUGGUAGAUCCAAGUUGCUCAGGUUCUGGAAUGGUGGAUAGAAUCGAAAUCAGAAAAGAAGAUCAAAAUAAUUUGUACAAUAGAUUAGGUAAACUGCAGUCAUUGCAGUCAAUGAUUCUCAACCAUGCUCUUAAAUUUCCAAAUGCCAAGAGAGUCGUUUACAGUACAUGCUCGAUUUAUCCAGAAGAAAAUGAGUGUGUGGUUGAUGAAGCAAUGACUAAAUUUGGGGACAUAUACAACCUUGUUGACUUGAAAAGAAAAUUAAAAAAUGAAUGGAUUAGUUUUGGGUCAGCGGAAUACAGUUAUUAUGGUGAUAAAUGCCUGUAUGCACGACCAGAAGUGGAUCAUUGCAGCGGAUUUUUUUUAGCAGUAUUUCAAAGAAAACCCAAGUCAUCAGAAUCAGAAGAAGGUCUAAAUGCUAAAGAAGAAAAUGCAACUUUGGAGCAAGCAUAUGACAAUCAUGCUAAAAAUCCUUCCAAUGGGUAUCAUGAACAAGAAGUUCAGAAUAUUAAAUCAGAAGAAAUCGCAACAGUACAAGAUGAUCAAUCAAAGAAGAAGAAGAAAAAAAGAAAAAUUGAUUUAGAAGGAAUAGAAGAUCCAUCAAACGAAUGUCAACCUCAGCAUGAAACAAUUGUUAUAUCAGAAGAGGACAUGAAAGUAGAGGAAGUUAAACCAAAGAAAAAGAAGAAAGAAAGGAAAAUUGAUUCAGUAAUGUUAGAAGAUCAUGAACAUCAAUCUCAGCAUGAGGUAACUGUUGAAUCCAAAGAGAAUACAAAAUUAGAGAAAGUUGAAUCAAAGAAGAAGAAGAAGAAGAAAGAAAAAAACAUUGAUGAUACAGAAGAAAUUCAAGACUCUACAUACAAACAUCGACCUCAGCAUGAAAUGAUUAUUGAUUCUAAAGCAAGUUUAGACGAGCAGGAAGUUGAAUCAAAGAAGAAGAAAAAGAAGAAAGAUAAAACAACGAACUUACAAACAAUUGAAAAUACCUCAUAUGAACAUGAAACGAUUGUUAAAUCAGAAGAAAACCUACAAGCGCAGGAAGACGAACCAAAGAAGAAGAAGAAGAAAGAUAAAGAAAUCGAUUCUGAAGAAAAAGUUCUUCAACAUGAUAACCAAUCCUUGCAUGAAAUAAUUGACGGAUCGAAUGAAGCUAAAUCAAAGAGAAAAAAACAUAAAACGAAAGAAACUGAUCAAACCAUCGAGGUAAACGAACCAUUCGACGAAACUUCUGUAAAAGAGAAGAAAAAAAAGAAGAAAGACAAACGUGAAGUAGAGACGGAAAAACAAUGAUACUGAGCAUUAAAAAACGUCAUUAAUCAUUCCUAAGAAAAUGCAUUAUAUCGUGAUAAAGCACAAAACAGGCCACUGCGCCGUUGCUCUAAUACGUGACGUGCAAGCGCGGGUUAUGUGUGUGUGUGUGUGUGUAUGAACUCUGUAAUAUUCCCGCAUAAUAAUUUCGCAGCCAUUCGCCGUCCUUUUUUUAAAUAGCGGGCUUAUCGCGAGUGUGCAAAACACGCGACUCUCGAGAAAACUUGCGAUCCUUUUUUUUCUGCCACAUCUACGAUAAUCCUUGCGCCGAUAUGAAACUUCUAAGUAUUUAGUUGCUGCUCCAAGAGAGUUCGUGCGAAUUAUUUUUAGAAUGUCAAUAUGCAAACUCUUGACUUUCAAGCGCGUGGGAAUUAGUAUAAAUAUUUUAUGCAGCCUAUCGCCAAACAAAGCUCAUACGCACGUAUACUUGUAAAGGUAGAUCUUAAGGUUAUAUUUUUGACGUUUGUAAGAUUUUGUUAAUCUAUGAAACCAUGAUCUACUGUUUUCACACAGUACUUAAGAAUCAGAAAUCUGUAUAUUCACGUAAUUUCAAAUGAUUAUUGUUAUGUAGUUUUUUACGUAACUCCAGUUGUUUUUUUUUACCACAAUUUUGCAAUAAAUUUUGAAGAUAAAGGGACUUUUUUUCAAAGAGUAAUGAGACAAUGUAUAUACAUAUAAAUAUACAUUAUUAUCAUUAUAUCCAAGGAAGAUUAGGACGGAAAAAUGUUUUUUUAACAAUUCAGAUGUAUUUACGAUUUAGGAAAUAAAAAAGUUCGACAAA